UGGCGCUGGAAAGCUCUGCAAGGUUUGUUUACCGUUACCACGACUCAAUCUAAGGUCGACUAUUUCUUUGUUUGUUUAUCACUGAUAUAAGAAAUGAAGCUAAAAACGCAAACCCUGAAUACAGUGCUCUUAUGGCUUUAAUGGCGGAAUCUGGACAUGUCGAAAAUGAGAAUUCCUACGACAGACCACCAGCAGCAAGAGACUGGUUACAUCACACAAAUCAGUCACUCACUAGACUUAAAGAUGUAAAAAAGACUGCAAUUCGCCUGAGUGGAGGACGACAAAGACAAGUCAGUUGCCAAUGUAACUAUGGAAGCGAAAGUAGAGACAGCUUCUUAAGUUUGGAAACUGAGCCUCCUCAGUUACAUGUUGACAGCCAAGAAACUGCUAAUAUGCCAGACUUGUCCGUACCUGAAAUAGUAAAACAUUUGAAUGAGCGGCAGAAAUCCAAGCAAAAAAGGCCCCAUUCAUCUGCUGUGUAUUCAAACAGGAUUGCACUGAAGAAGCAAGACAGGCAGGAAUUCCCUGAAAACAGCAACAACAGUGCAUUUAUCUCAGUGAAAGGACAAACAAUGAGGCCUCAGCAUCGUUUACCUCCCGGGUCCUUUCCACUCGGUAAAAUAAUGAAUAAAGGUGACACUGGUUAUAAAGGAUUAGUGUAUCUUGAUCGUCAACGAGAGGAGCUGGAUCAAAGCUUGUCACCACGUGACCUUCGGCGGUACUCUGCGGCAUUAUGUGAAGAAGAAGAUUUUGAGAGUACCAAUCCCCCUCCACCGCCACCCAGAGCGUCUCCAGAACCAUCGUCACCAAAUUUAAAUUGGCCGGAAGUUUCACACUCAGUCGAAGAAUAUUAUAGUGAGGAAGAUGAUGAUGAUAAUUUGGUCGAUGAAUCCCAGGAGACAAGGUCGAUAUCUUCGGCUGGCUCGCGUUCCUUGGUGUUCGCAAUUCCAACGGCAGGUAAUGAAGGUAUCGAAAGUGAUGAUGAACAGAAUCCGAGUCACUUAGACACUGGCAGAGUGUCUUCUGAUUAUGUUGCCAGGAGCGAGUCUAUACUUCAUAAAUUAAGUGAUAAAAGUCAAGCAGAGAGUGCUGUAAUUUCUGAUUUGCUAGUUGACAUGGAAACUACCAAGGAAAAGAUCGGCGAGCUUCGAAUCAGCCCAAGAGAUUUAGAUCUGGAAUUGACCAGUGGCGCCAUGACUUCUUCGGUUCAUUUGGCAAAGGUGGAAAUAGAAAACGCCGCUGACAUUGAUGAGGAAACAACACCACAACAUGAAAUCAGAUACGAAACUAUGUGGGUUGAAGAGUCUCAGGACUCGUACAGAUUAAAUGCCCUUCCCAACAGAUUUCCCCGAGCCUGUUCAGCAAGAUAUAUGACUCAGCAUAAAACUUCGUGUGUUAGAAAACAACAAAGCGAAAGUUCUCUUGUACUGAAAGGAAAAACAGUGGAAUUCUUCAAAACGGAGGACCUAGUGGCGAAAAACCUUUUAAGAGACAAACGAAAACUUUUAGUACAUAAUGAUUUGACUGAGGAAGAACAUGAAAUGCUUGAAAAAGGAGAAGAAGACACCGAUCCAGACAAGGUUUUUACAAAACCGCCAUUGCCAAAAUGGAAUACCUCGAAAACCAAGAAGAGUCAUAAAUUGAAACCAAAACAACGGUCUGGCGCUGAAAAUCCAAGUAACAGCAGUAUCUUGGAUCAAUCAUCAAAGUCUUCUCUACGAAAGUCAAACUCUGAAGGCAAUAUUCAUUUGUACCAGGCAGCAGAUGCUAAUUUGUCACCGGGCAGCAACCUGAAACUCAAAUCUGUAACGUUUUGUCAAGAUUUUUUAAGUCAAGUCGAUCCAGUUAAAAUUCCACUUGACUCUUCUCAAAUUUCCACUUACUCCAGUGUCGAGGCAGAAGGUGUUGCAAAGCCAGCUCUUCAAACUUGUGCUUGGUCUCAAAGUUCAGGAGUUGUUAUACACAAUGGCUUGGAAAUGAAGGAGGCUAAUCUACAAGGACAAGAAAUCUUAGCAAUGGAGAUUGCGAACAAAGAAUCAAAACUCAGUCAUACUCGAAAAGCAGCUCAAAGUACACGAGCGAAACUUUUGGCCAAAAUGAAAGAACUGCCAGGUGAUGAGGAGCCGUGUCCUUGUAGAACAGUUACCAGACCCACCACGGCUCUAAUAACAGAGUCAAGGAACUGGAAGUCUGGAACAAAAGAGACAUCCUUGAGGAGUGAUAAAUUAUUAAAACAUCGUUUUACCAGGCCCAGCUCUGCGCCGAUCAAACAGUCGUCAGGAAACGGAAAUGAAUUGAAACUAGAAAAACCUCACUCACCAAGAAGCAAACCUCGUGUCAUGUCUGCUAAAGUACAGCGAAAAAGAACUGGAUCUGAAGGAGGACAAACCCGCUCCAGGCCUUCUUCAGCCCAUGUUGGCAAGUUAAGCGCCAAAGACGCUCGUAGGAACCGUGCCGCUGCUAAAGUACUCAAAGAUGGAUUCUUGUUCAAGGAAAAACCCCCGCCACCAUUACCAGCAGCUUCAAGGGAACAGCAAAAACGGAGAGAAGAGAAAAGAGGAUCGAAACUAGACAACAACAGCAAAAGUCUCACCUUGCCACUGAAUAAGGAAGAAGAAAUUGUAGCCUCAGAAGAAUGCCUUGAGGUCUUCGCGCGCCUGCAGGAGAAAGGAAUUGACGUUUCCAUGGAUACCAUCAAAAGGGGACUAAUGGCGCCGGCGAGAAGGGCUGGUGACUACCAAGUGACCGGUUUGAGUUUAGGCUCUAACCUCCUUAGCAGACCAGAAAAUUGGUUGGCAGAUGAACACGCCCGUGUGCAGAUUUGGGAAAAUGCGCUGAAAAAUUCCAAGUGAUAUGUGAUAUAUGCAAAUUGUCUUGACAUCCAACGCAGGGGACAGUGCUGAAAACUUGUCCAGUUUGGUGUACUGCUGUUUUGAUUGAGCUUGAAAAUGUUGGUGUCCUUUUAGUCUGCGUUCAAUAUAGAUUCGUUUUUCAGUUGUUCGUGCGAUUCACGUACAGAGCUCUAAGUACUUAAACAUUCGUAAGAAGCUGGGGGGUGUUGGCGAUGUUUCAUGGUCUACUGGUUGGCACCGCUUGGAAUUUAGAAGCACUGUUGUCAAGAUUUGUGGCAUGUGUGAAGGUUUAGUGACAUAAAAUGGAGCCCCAUGAGCGCCCAUUUUUAUAUAUCUUAUUUAUACAAACCAACGUCUUUGAAAGGAACGUUGGAAAGAGUAUUGAGUAAUAAAGAAUUAAUUAUUUACCUUGA